CUCGAGUCGCCAUGUGGAACGACGAGGAUAACAACCCCUUAUGGUGCCUUUGACCACCAUGAGUCUCGACUGUCGGACUCACUGCACUCAGCCCUCUCCCCUCCUCUCUAUGAGCAUGAUUCCACCCCUCCCUCCAGUCGAGACUCCAAUAUCGACCCUCCCGACUACAUCUCUCACCCCGAAGACCUCAGCGAUCCCGAGGAGGACUAUGGUGCGGUCAGCCAGUCAUAUCCCCGCAAGAGCGUCUACGAUAGUCGCAUUGAGCAGAUCCUCUAUGAGAACCCAGAAAUGCCGAUCAUGAUCACCGAUGCCGGAAAGAAUCACGAAGGUGGAGGGGGUUUCAUUGUGUAUACUAUUCGGACAGCGGACCUAGAAGUUCGCCGACGAUACUCGGAGUUUGCUUCGCUUCGACAAACUCUCGUCAACCUUCACCCUACACUAAUUGUUCCCCCGAUUCCUGAGAAGCAUAGUAUGGCAGACUACGCGGCCAAGCCGACCAAGGCCAAGGAAGAUACGGCAAUCAUUGAACUUCGAAAACGUAUGCUGGGGGUGUUUUUAAAUCGGUGUCGCCGGAUGAAGGAGAUCCGCGAGGAUGGGGUGUGGUGGAGGUUUCUUGACCCAAAUGUCAGCUGGAGCGAGGUGCUACUCUCGCAUCCUGCUUCGUCGGUCCCAAAAAACAACCUUAAAGCUCCCCCUCUCGACCCCGCUAACCCGACGGCGGCUCAUGCAUGGCUACCCGUCCCAGCUACAUCCGCCAAGCUUAAGCCUACCGGCGGCAUAACCUUCCAUCCCGGUACGGCCGCCUCACCAACCUCAUUCGUAGACUCCACGGAUGGGCCGCCGCCGCCUACGCCUGGCCCCGAGAUUUUGGGCCGUUUCCCACCGGAGUCACGCAAGCUCAGCGAGCAAGAAUUGGAUCCAUACUUUGUGAACUUUGAAUCGUCAACACGGGAAUUGGAGCUUCUCCUACAGGGGAACAUUGAGAAAGUCAACCGGCGAACGCUGGCGCAUCUGUCUUCUUUAUCUGCUGAUCUUAUGGAGCUGGGUGCACGUUACAACGGUUUCUCGCUCUCCGAACAAUCUCCCACGGUCGCCGCGGCAAUUGAGCGCGCGGGACAAGCUGCCGAUACCUCUUACAUCGAGACAGAAGAGCUGUCCACGGCCUUGAGCGCCCACUUUGCGGAACCCAUGCGGGAAAGCGCUCAGUUUGCCAGUGUGGUGCGCGGGGUUCUGCGGUACCGGGUUCUUAAACGGGUGCAAGAGGAAAUGACUCGAGACGAGCUAGCUAAGAAGAAGACCCUUCUGGAUUCGCUCGAGCGGAGUGAGCUGGAAGCGAAACGUAUUGAACAAUAUCUCAACCGCACAAAUCCUCAGUCGCCUGGCACCAAGCCACGGUCCUUGUCAGCUUCAUCGGCCGUCAGCAGCGAAGGCGGGAGUGCUCCCAAUCUCUCUGCUGACUCGGAAUUUCCACCAACGCAUGGUGAGUCGAUCAGUUCUCCACCUGGGUCGCAGGUCACCGGACACAAGAGGUCCGAUCCGUCACCAUCCUCCUCGCCAGCGCACCGGAAGUCGUCCAGCGGGACGUUCGUGGCAAACAAGAUCUUCGGUCGCAUCAGUCAUGCAGUGCACGGGUUUGUCGACGUGGAUCCUGAACGGACGCGUCGGGACCAGAUUGGGAAAACGAAGGAGAGUCUCAUCCAGUUGGAACAAGCAUUAGAAGUAUCCGAGAAAGAUGUCAAGGAUGCCAGUGCCGGCGUGCUGCAGGAUCUCAAACGUUUCCAGAAGGACAAAGAAGCCGAUCUGCGGCGCUACAUGGUCGCAUAUGCGCGGUGUCACUUGGACUGGGCGCGAAAGAACCUGGAAACGUGGACCGAGGCCAAAGACGAGGUGGACAAGAUCGUGGCUCGGUAG